GCUGGAUUCGUUUGAUGGAUAAUACGUGUGGGUCCGUCCGCUUGUCCAAAGAACCAAGACCUCCGUCUCUGUCAUGUCUGUAAUGAUGCAAGUAUGCAGGUCAUAAUUACACACCGAGAAGGCAAGGCAGACAAGGCAAGGUAAGGCGAGAGGUCAGAGGGGUCGGUCGGUCGGUCGGUUGAGUAAAAUACACAGAGAGCAUCGUGAUGAGGAUGAUGACGUAUGGCGAAUUCACAGACACACAGACGGAUAGACAGAGAGAGAGACAGAAAGACAGACGGACAGACGGACAGACAGACGGACAGACGGACAGGCAGGCUGCAAAGCCUCAUCCGGAGAGCGGCCGCCCCCACGGAUGGGUGGAUGGAUGGAUGCCAGAAACAAACGAGUGACAGCAGCACAACAGCAGGUAUAUCAAAUACGUCAGCCCCUCUCGGCCAUGCCACUCACCUGACCUUUCCGUAACCUGUUCGCAAUGUACAUGCAUUGAAUGGGCAUCGAUCCCAUUCUCUGCGUGUACGCCACCAGCAGGAAACGGCAAGGAACAGCUGACAUGGCUGGCAACAAGGAGCACUAGCGGGACACACCACACCACACCACCAUAACUGCACAAAAAGUGAAUUCUCACUCUCAUCGAUUCAUGGAUCGUCCACUGGUCGCCACGCCACUAGUCAAAUAAGCCAUCCAUCCAUCCGUUUGCACCAUCAUGAUGCAGGAAGGGAAGGCAUGCACUAAGCUCACGUAAGCAAAGAAAGCACCCAUCCAUCCAUCCACACCCUUUCACAUGGCCACAGCAGCAGCAUCGAAUGGUACAAGCCAGCCAGCCAGCCAACCACCCUCACCCACUACGUACCCACCCCGCCACACACAUACAGUCCACAUACAGAUCGUUUCCAACGUGCACCGCGCCCAAGCACCGUCAGGUCUUCUGUCCGAAGUUGACAGGACUGUCGUUGGGCACAGACACAGACGGGCUCGCAUCCUCGGCGGCAGCACCAGGAUGCUGCUGCCGUCCCAUCCCCCUCUCGCCCACCCCAUUGCACGCCGGCUGCGUGUGGGCCCCAUCCGUCACAUUCACACCCACACCACCCUCGCUCCCGCCGCGCCUCCACUGUGUUGGUGUGUCGGUGUUGUCAUUCUCGCUCUGCGCCGGCCUGUGUGCGUGUGCGGUUGUGGCGGGGCUGGGUGCGGGGAAGUCCUCACCGACAGACAUGUUGGAUGGGGGAGGGGCCUUGGAUGGGCCUGAGGGGGCGGGGGCGGGGGCGCUGCUGCUGGUGGUGUCGGUGUUGGUGUUGGUGUGGUUGUGGGUGCUGUCUGAGGAUGACGGGCGCCGCCCUGACCUCUCGGCCUCUGCAAGGGACAUCCGGAUGGCCUGCUGGAUCAAGGCGCACUCCUGCACACACACACGGACACACACGACAGCAGGUCAACUCAUUGAUUGAUGGCGCUUCUUAUGCGGGUGUGCGCGUGUGUGCAGACGAACGGACCUCUUCAUCGUCCACGGCAAAGUCUGGCGUGAGGAUGGAGUGGCCGGCAUUCUGACAACCAUACCACACACGUAGUGCCACGGCUAUUGCGUUUUCCCUCUCCGCUAACGUCUCUUUCGAAAUGGAAGGUCUGCUGCGGCGGCUGCAUCUCGUGACGGUGCGGAGGGCGGUCGCGAGCUGACAACCACAGGGCAUGAACGUGUGUGUGUGUGUGUGUGUAUGUGUGUGUUGUGAUGGCUUACGCGGCGAUGGCUGCGUCUGGGCUCUCUUGGGAGAGACCCCGGAGACUGCCCCCGCGGCCAACAAACGACUCAUAUCCACACCCUGCAGACCAGACACGCAGAAGACACACAGAAGGGCAGACAGCGGCCCUUGAUGGCUCUCUCGCCUUGUGCCGGCAUAUAUACCUACCUGUGUUUCAGUGAGGUUCUGUGCGGGCGACCGGCCGCCCCUCCUGUCGCGGGAGGGAAUCAUCGAACACUGCACUCACACACACACACGUGUCGAGGAAUCCCGCGUGGUUCGUGUGUGUGUGUGUGUGUGUGUGUGUGACCUGUAGUGUGGUGUGGAAGAAGAACAUGAUGCUGUUAUUGAGGAACUGGGGGCGGGCCGAGUUGUGGUCGCCCUCACAUAUCACCAUGUUCUGUGGAAGCAAGCACAUGAGUGUGUGGCCGCAUAUGUGUGUGUAUGUGGGUGGGUUUGUGUGACUGACUUUGUCUCCUGAGUAUCUGUCGUGCAGGUCUUUGGUGUGGUGUGGCUGGAUGAACUGGUCGCCCUCGCCUGCGAUGAACAGCGCUGCAACCAAACCUCGCACAGAAACACACGUGCGUGUGCGUGUGUGUGUGUGUGGCCAGUGGUGACGUCUGUUCUGUGCAGGUCCAUGCCCACACCUGGUAUGAAAGUCUUGUCGACAUGGUUGAUGGGCGUCAGCUUGUCGAUGUCAAACGCUGCCUUGCUGGAUAUCGUCAUGCGAAUCUGACACACACACACACACACACCAGGUGUGUGCGCGCUUCUGUGUGUCCGUCAGUCAGUGGUUUGCUUACGAAUGCCAUAGCGGUGCCGAUGAGCCACUUGGGCAUCUUCCACUUGACGUAGGUGUCACACAACUCCUCAGCCAACAACCUGACGACACACACAGCACAAAACACGGCACAGCCACACACUGGUGGAUGUGUGUGUGUGUGUGUGUGUGUACCUGAGGCUGGCGAAGGGCGAGUCGAGGACCAUGCCGCCGAUAGAUGGGUCUCGGUCGCCGUGCAGCAGAGCCGUCACUGCCAGCCAGCCAAUACACACAUGUCAUCAUGUGUGUCAAUUAACGGCUGGCAGCACCCACCGCAUCACUCACUGCGGUGGGUGUGUAUGUGGGUGUGCCUAUUGCCUUUCCUAACCUGCGCCCAUGGACCUGCCCCACAGCCCGAUGCAGGUGGUGCGAUUCGACUCCCGCAGAUACGAUACCACCUGACCGACCGGCCGGUCGAUACAGAUCGAUGCACACCGACACACACACACAUGCUCGAUGGCACCACGUCCUGCGAUGGGUAGCGUACCGCAGCGACGUCGUCCCUCUCCCAGUAUCCGAGGGAGAUGUACUCGCCCUCCGACUGCCCCGAGCCCGAAAAGUCAAACGCGAAGACCGUUAUGUGGUUGGGCAGCAACACGCUCAGGCUCGUCACUGACACAUACACAUACACACAAUACAGUGCGCACACGCGUGUGCGGCUGUAAGUGGAUCAGGUCAGCAGCAGGGGUGCGGUGUGGUGGUGUGGUGUGCUUACGCGCUUCGAGCCUGGAUGAGCAGUUGCCGUGGAGGUAGAUCACACACGGCAGCUUCUCGGCUGGACGCUCCCUGCCAGGCAGGCAGGCAGGCAGGUAGGCACAACACACACACAACACACAUACACGUGUGAGUGUGUGUGUGUGUGCCUCUGCGGGCGUGUAUCUCUCUCUCUCUGCUUAUCAUACUCUUGCACAGGUUCGAAAUGGCUGCAUUUGAGCGUCAGGCCCCGGGAGCCCUUCAGGUUGAUAUCUGCACACACACACAGAUGAUGCCAGAUGGAUGGAUGGAUGGAUGGCGCUGUGUGCCCCUGUGUGUGUGUGUGCGCGCCUGUUCGCUGAUAGUUGUAGUCCCCGAUAGUGAAGACCGUCGGGCCAAGAUCCUCCACCUGCAGCACACCAACAGACAGGGAGAGGGAGGGAGGGGGGAGGGAGCGACUGCCGAGUCACGCCGAGGACGACAAACUGAUAUCGUACUGAAAUGCGCGACCUGGUAGUUGUCCCUGGGCGGCCGGAUGAUGGCCUUCCACAACUCAGCAUAGUGCUCCGACCACUGACACACGCAUCACACGAACACCAUUCUCAGCUUCGUUCGCCACCCACGCAAAGGCGCAGGCGGCUCGGCUGCUCUCUCACCCUGGAGAACAUGGCCGCUGGCAGGGCUGCCCUUCCUCCCACACAGGCAGAGACCUUACUGAGGCGCUGGUCUCCUCUCUGGCUUCUGCACCGACGACUGCUGGCGAUGACGUGUUGCUCUGAAGGUGAUCAGGAGGUCCCUCCUCUCAGUGCUGGCGCAUUGAUGGCGUCACGCAUCUCUCAACAAACCUCCAACUCUACUCAAACACAACGCGGUGACGAUGCGAGCUGAUUUUCGG